CGCGUUUAUUCUGUAAUUGAUCUUAAGUCUAGCUGGUUGACAGAUCGGUCUGUGUGGCUAAUACGAACUACUACUUACUUUAUACAUAUAUGAAAAGGACGUAGCGCCGCCGGACAUUAAACGAUUUCAAACACGUCGGUAAAUGUACGAGUACAUGAACACAUAUAUAUACAUAUAUGCGAGUGUAUGUAUGCACUUAAAUAUCCUUAAAAUCGUAAUGAGUAGUGAAAAUAAAGAAAAAUAUCAAGUCAAUGAGCAAAUCAAAAAUAUGUGCCGAAAUACAUAAAAUUAUCCUUGCGUCGUAUCAUAGAGAUAACUGUGGCGUGCUUAAAAACGAAAUUCUUUUACUCAGUUUCUAAGUGAAAAUCGUACGGAAAUAGAUUUUCUUGCAAUCUCAAGCAAACUAUGACAAUCUCACAGCAAUUCAAAGUGAGAUGAGUUGAAAUAGUUUUUUUUUUAUUAUCCACUGUGAUUAACAUAAUGCUGGAUAAAUACAUGAAUCUACUAUUGCCAUGCAGUCUGGGAUUGAUAUGGAUUUGGCUGACUGAUUCAACGGAUGCCUUAAUGAACUACACGGCAAAACCUCGAGUAGUCCUUCCACCUAAUUAUGUCAAGGAAAUGAGACCACCUUCAAAGAAAGGCUCUCCAGUGAUAGUAGACUUUAGCAUAUUUGUUGUAGAUAUUAACUCAAUCAAUGUAGAGGAUAUGGACUUUAGGGUAGACAUGUUUAUACAUCAGCGUUGGCUUGAAUCAAGACUCGAGGUGUCCGAUGAUAUAUUUGAAGAAGGCGAUGAUUACGUAACACUACUUCCAGAAUUCUUCGACAAUCUCUGGCAACCGGAUCCGUAUUUUUUAAACUCAAAAAUUGCCGAGAUAGCAACAUUAACGCACAAAUUCACUUCGGUGACAUUGUACAAAAACAAAACGGUUCGUUAUGCGGCGCGUAUGCAUGCGAUUAUUGCCUGUCAAAUGGAAUUUCAACUCUAUCCGAUGGAUAUACAGGUGUGCCCCAUUUACAUAGAAAGUUUCUCCUCGAAUAAUAAAAAAGUGAAAUUACGUUGGUCAGAUUCUGGCGUCACUUUGAAUCCCGAACUCAAAUUAUUGCAAUACAAUCUAGGCCAGCCGCUCGAGUUGGAGGAGAGUGAUGGUUAUAUGCCCGAGAAGGUUGGAAAUUUUUCUCGGUUGACGGUGUAUUUUCGAUUUGAACGGCAAAUCGGUCAUCAUCUUAUCCAGACGUUUGCGCCGUCAUCGCUUGUGGUGAUGUUGUCAUGGUUUAGUUUUUGGUUAGGACUCGAUGCGAUUCCUGGGCGUGUGACGUUGUUGGUCACAUGCAUGCUAACUUUGGUUACCAUGUUUACUGGCCUAAGGGCAGAUAUUCCGCCAGUGGCCUAUGUGAAGGCUCUUGAUCUGUGGAUGGCCGGUUGCAUGGUAUCUGUAUUCGCGGCGUUGGCGGAAUUUGUUGUUGUCAAAGUACUAGAUGUGCAAUAUCAAUAUCAAGUCAACAAAAUACCCAAAGUAUUGCCUAUGCGUAUAACCAACAUGGAAAAGGGUCAAUGUCCAACGGUGGCCAGCUGGGAGGGCGGUGCAGUGCGUUCACGAAAAUCAACACAAACGCCAACAACACCGGGGCAGACGUCGCUUCAGGGCAAUGGAGGCCCACCGAAGCCGGCGCGUCGCCAAAGUCUACUCUCGGUGGCCUGGACCGACACAGACACCGGUGUAGAGAAAAUAAUGUGGCGCGAAAUCGACAAAGUAUCUCGCGCCGUUUUCCCCAUUUUAUUCUUCGUAUUCGUGCUGCUCUAUUGGCCGAUUUUGCUGAUGAAGUCAUCCUAGGACUUAAGGAGUUCCAGAAUACAAAAUUCUGGACUCCGCUAAAGCCAGAUAUGUCUGUGUAAACUUGUAAUGUAUUGGAUGUGCCCACAUAACUAAAUAACAUAUGUACAUACGUAUCUACUUAUGUUUUUACUUAGAAAAGAAGAAGAGGAAAACGUACUGGCAAACCCAAAAUAAGUAGCUAAAUAGGAUUUAUUCUACGAAUGUGAAAAAUGUAAAAAAACCAAACGGUUACUUUUCAUCUAAAUUAAAAAAAAAAAACAAAAAACACAAAGAACAAAACUAAAGUUUGGCGUUUAAAUUGAAUAAAAAUAACGCCUUUAGUACUCCUAAAAGUAAGCCUAUUGAAAAGCAAAUUAAAAUCGAACAAAUAUUUUGCUUAAUUGUAGCCGCAAGCUGUCUUUUUUACGUACGUACAUAUGUACAUAGGAAUGCUGAAGUAAGAAAUUGUAUUACACUUAAGAGUUUAGAUAAAAAUUUAAAAAAUAGCGCUUUAAAGAGUUAAUCGUAAAUAUUUUGGGAAA